CCAACUUCGCCGGCCAUGUCCACGUCGGCCAUCUACAUCUUGGACUUGAAGGGCCAGGUUCUGUUGAGUCGUAAUUACCGCGGAGACGUGGAUCUGUCUUCGGGAGAUGCGUUCCUGUCUCUGCUCCACGAGCGCGAGGAGAAUUCCAUCUCGAGCCCCGUGCUGCAGCACGGAGAUACGCGUCUCCUGUGGAUCAAGCACAAGAACAUCUACCUCGUCUCUGCUACGAAAAAAAAUGCAAACGCGGCGCUGGUGUUUGCGUUCCUCUACAAGAUCGUGGAGGUGUUCACUGAGUACUUCAAGGAGCUGGAAGAGGAGAGCAUAAGGGACAACUUUGUGAUCGUCUACGAGCUCCUGGACGAGAUCAUGGACUUUGGAUAUCCCCAGACGACAGAGAGUCGCGUCCUGCAAGAAUACAUCACCCAGGAGGGGCACAAGCUGGAGGUGGGGGCACCUCGCCCCCCAGCAACCGUAACCAAUGCGGUGUCGUGGCGCUCCGAAGGUAUCAAGUACCGCAAGAACGAGGUUUUCAUGGAUGUCAUCGAGUCCGUCAACCUCCUGGUGAGCGCAACAGGCUCGGUGCUGCGGAGUGAGAUUGUGGGGACAGUGAAGAUGAGGGUCAUUCUCUCCGGAAUGCCGGAGUUGAGACUCGGAUUGAAUGACAAGGUCCUGUUUGAGCAGACGGGACGAGACAAGAGUAAGGGAGUGGAGCUGGAGGAUGUGAAGUUCCAUCAGUGUGUGCGCCUCUCUCGCUUCGACAACGAUCGAACCAUCUCAUUCAUCCCCCCAGAUGGGGAGUUUGAGCUCAUGAGCUACCGUCUGUACACACACGUGAAGCCCUUAAUUUGGAUCGAAUCGGUCAUUGAAAAGUUUUCUCACAGCAGAGUGGAGAUCAUGGUCAAGGCCAAAAGCCAAUUCAAGCAUCGUUCCACGGCAAACAACGUAGAGGUUCGAAUCCCGGUUCCCAGCGAUGCCGAUUCGCCCAAGUUCAAGAGCAGCAGUGGAAGCGCCAAAUGGGUUCCUGAAGAAAGUGUCAUUGUGUGGACAAUCAAGUCAUUCCCGGGCGGUAAGGAGUUUUUGUUAAGAGCUCACUUUGGCUUGCCGAGUGUGGAGGCAGAGGAGCUGGAAGGGAGACCUCCAGUAACCGUCAAGUUUGAGAUUCCUUAUUUCACUGUGUCCGGAAUUCAGGUUCGUUAUCUGAAGAUCAUUGAGAAGAGUGGUUACCAGGCUCUGCCUUGGGUGCGUUACAUCACGCAGAGCGGAGAUUAUCAACUGAGGACUCAUUAAUCUGAAGAUGUUUUAAAUCCAACUACUGAAUCUCCACUUGCAUGCAACAUACACGCACACACAUUUAACACUUAUACAUAUUCGUCUCCCCAUACUGAGGCUUUACACACAUCAGGUAGUCAUUUAAAGCUGAAUCGACCAGUUUUUAUGUCACUCACUGUUAGCUAUCACUAGGAAUCAAACUCAGGUUUGUGAAGCGGUGUCAUGACCACCACUGCUAACUACACAGUUGCAUUUAUGCACUUAAACAUUCCUUUACAAGUUAAUGCACAAGUACAAUAACAUAUCAACAUCUAAACUCAUGUACGUAUAAACUGUAUGCAAAUGCAUAAACUUUAACGAAUAGAAACCAGCAAAUCCUAGAUGCCUUAUGUUUUUUUUAGAUAUCCUAAAGAGGCUACAGGCAAUCAAAUGAUCGCUCAUGAAAUAUUAUACAAGCUUCAGGAUUUGUAUUACUCGUACUUGUACGUGUUGGCUGUUUUUGACAGCCAUUAUGAACCACUUUGGAGACAAUCAGAACCAGGGCUCAAACACAGGUCAGCUGUGGCUCGCCGUCUCGGACGCUUGGGCCAUUAUUAACUUGAGAGGUAACCUUGGGCUCAACUUUACACCCAGGACCUUGGUGGUUCUGGCCAAGUAUAUAUGACAUGGUCGUUAUGAACCUCUUGAAAGGGUGAGACAAGAAACAGAACCUAAACAAGGCCUCAGCAAUUUAAAUACAGGCUUAGGUUUUUGAAUGGAAUGUAUUUUAAAAAUAGGGUAGUGUUGAGUAUUUUCCAGAUGUCUUUAACUGUUUUUUGGGAUAUUUUCCAUGAGUUUUAUUUUAUAUAUAUAAAAAAUUAGCGGUGUUUGAAAAUCAUGUGGUGAUGUUGGUGAUUGGAAACUCAGAAGAAUGUUUAAUUUACUUGUACAUUCCAACUGAUAAUGCAGGCUGUAAGACUAUUGUAAAGUUUUAAGAAUCAAUAAACAUGCAUCUGUAUUAAAUUUUGCGGACGUGAAUUAAUGUUGUGUAUUCGGCAGUGUAUAGUCCAAUAUUUCAUAACGG